AUGGUGGAGGUCCAAGAUUUAGAACCACUUAGUCCAAUUCAAGACGAAGAUGACGAUGAUUUCGUCGAAGAAGGCGAGGACGAAUUUGACCGUUUUGGUGAAGAUAUCAGCUACGACGAUCUCAAGAAACGCAUGUGGAAAGAUCGAAACCUCAUGUGUAAGCUCAAACAGCAAAAAAGAGAUAAUCAUAACUCCGUCAUCUCUUCGCCGUCAUCUUCCACGUCAGCAUCCUCCUCCUCCUCCUCUGCUAUCGUGCGCCGAGCAGAAGCUUCACGCCGCAAGAAAAUGGCUCGUUCUCAAGAUUCGGUGUUGAAGUACAUGAUGAAGAUUAUGGAAGUUUGUAAAGCUCAAGGUUUCGUUUACGGAAUCGUACCGGAGAAAGGUAAACCGGUAACUGGUUCAUCGGACAGUUUAAGACGUUGGUGGAAAGAAAACGUUCAAUUCGAUCAAACCGCUCCAAACGCUGUUUCUGAUUAUUUGACAUUAGCGGCCGCGCAGUUAAUCUCGUCAAACGAGUCUCUAGAUCCGAAUUCGUAUAUCCACAUGCUUCACGAGCUACAAGACACGACGUUAGGCUCGUUGUUAUCAGCUUUGAUGCAACAUUGCGUGCCCCCGCAACGGCGGUUUCCAUUAGAAAAAGGUUUGGCUCCACCGUGGUGGCCGAACGGGACGGAGUUAUGGUGGGGAGAGCAAGGAGCAGCGGCGUUUGAGCACGGUCCCCCACCGUAUCGGAAACCGCACGAUCUUAGAAAAGCUUGGAAAGUGAGUGUCUUAGCGGCUGUGAUUAAACACAUGUCGCCCAAUUUGGAGAGAGUGAGACGGCUCGCCAGACAGUCCAAGUGUUUGCAAGAUAAGAUGAUGGCGAAAGAGACUGAUACUUGGUCUCGUGUGUUGAACCAAGAAGAAGCUCGUCUCAAUCGCCUCAAGAUCUCAGAUGGCGAGGACGAGGAUCCAGAUCAAGAACCGGCAAGAUUCACUUCUUUUGAUCAAGAAUCCUCACUAAAUACCUGUUUUCUUGUAGCGCAAGAUCAAGAACUGGCGGGAUCAAUGAGGAAAGACAAAAGGGUUGAUCAAGAAUCUUCCCAGGACGACUGUUUUCUUGCAGUGCAAGAUCAAGAACGGAGGAAAGAAAAAAGGGCUGAUCAAGAGUGGUCGCCAAAUGCUUGUUUUCUUGUCGAUCAAGAACCGUUCGGUAACAAGAGAAAAGGUGAGUUUGUGGAACAAGAGGCAAUGUUAUCUAAGGUAUACACUUGCCAAAACGUGAGUUGUCCUUCGAGUGAUGUGAGUUUAGGAUUCGUGGACAAAAACUUGAGGACAGGUCACGAGAUCGAGUGUCUCUACGGAAAUCAAGAACCAAUGAACCAUAGUAGCGGUGGCUCUGACGGGUUUGUUAGGUCGAUGACUACGAGUGACGAUGAUUACAGCGCGAGUUCGAGAGCAGAGGACACAAGAGAAUAUCAUUAUCAAGAUGGAAACUGGCUAGACUAUCUCUGGUUCGAGAGGUUACAUGACUUAAAUUGUUCUGAUCAAGGAUUUGAAGAUCACACAAACACAGUAGAUUUGAACCAAUUACCAGAUCAUUCUGAUUCGAAACAGACCAUGAACGAGGAAGUUUUCUCGUUAUGGGACAUGGGUUGUGAAGACAAAGAUAUUUAUAUGUCUCAAGAUUGA